CACUCACUGGUAACUCUAACGCUCCUCUCUCUCUGGUAGGGUCGAUUGAGAAGAGAGGAGGAGGAGGAGGAGGGUGGAGGAGGAAGAGUCAGUUGAGGUGUGGAGUGUGUGGAGUGAAGGUGUAUGGUUCUGUGUUUUGAAGAAUCCAUGGCCUCUGCGAUGUAGAUGUAUACCACACGACGCAGAGAGAGAGAGAGAGAGAGAGAGAGAGAGAGAGAGAGUGACGGGAAGACAUACUGAAGCGACGUGCUGAGAGAGAGAGAGAGAGAGAGAGAGAGAGAGAGAGAGACAGACAUAAGAAGACACAAGAGAAGCACAUGUGAAAACUACGAAAGAAAUAAAGAAGAAAAAGAAGAAAAUGAAAGAAAAGGCAGAGAUUUUAAGGUGAACUGUUAAAAAAAAGAAAAGGAAAUAGAAAGAUAAGGAAAAGUAAGGAAAGUAUAAUAAAUACAAGAAAUAGUGAGGUAGAAAGGAAACAAUAAAGAAAAGUGAGAAUAAAGAAAAAAGUUGGAUAUGAAGUGAACGUUGAUAAAAAAAAGGAGAAAAAGAAAGAAGGGAAGAAUAAUAAAACAAGAACGAAGAAGAAGAAAAUAAUGAAAAAAAGAUAGAAAAAUAGAAAGACAGUGAGAAAGAAGAGAGAAAACAAAUGAUAAGAUAAAAAGAAAAGAAAAACAAAAUUCAAAACAAAAAUAAAUAAAUAAAUAAAUAAACAAAUGGAACGAAACAAAAAUAUUUCAAACUGAACCAGAGAGAGAGAGAGAGAGAGAGAGAGAGAGAUUCAUACCCCCUCUCACUCUCUCAUUUGAAUUUACGAAUGAACCAUAAUGAACCAAUGAUAAUCUCUAUCUGAACCAACACCCUCUCAGUUUCUUCCGUGCCUGCCCGUGUGCGCGUCAGUGUCCGUGUGUGCGUGUGCGCAUGCGUGUAGAAGGGACAAACGCACGUACGCAUACACGUGGUAACCCGAUAAAAGAAGGGAGAAGGAGAUAGAGUGAUAAAUUGAGUGAGAAAGAGAGAGAGAAUUGAAUUUGAGUGUGUGGUGAUAGAAAACGAAGAAAGAUCAGGGAAUUGAAAGGGAAACUAAAGAAAAGUUAAUGUUUACGUGUUGAAGAAAGGAAAAUUGAAGUGAAACGUGAUGAAAGUGUAAUAGAGAGAGAAGGUGAAGACAUAAGUGAGGAAUGGAAGGAAAGGAAAGGGUGAUAAACUAGUGAAGGAGAAAGAAAACGAUAGAUUCAACAGAAAACGAAGGUGAGGGAAGUAAACAAACGAGAGAGAGAGAGAGAGAGAGAGAGAGAGAGAGAGAGAGAGAGAGAGAGAGAGAGAGAAUUAAAACUUAGAGAAAAGAAGAGAAGAAAGUUGUUAUUAUAUCUUUCUCUCACUUCCAUUCCUUAGAGAGAGAGAGAGAGAGAGAGAGAGAGAGAGAGAGAGAGAGAACUAGCUUUAACUCUCUCUCACUCACUCCUGCCUAGAUAAACGAGCAAGAGACAGAGAAAGAAAAACUCUCUCAUUAAUAAAGAAAGACAAAAGAAACAGAGAGAGAAAAAUAACCGUGAAUAAAGAGAGAAAGAAAGAAAAACAGAAAAAAACCUGUCUCAGUUCAAAAAGCAAAAUAAAGUGCCAGAGAUAAAGAGAGAGAAAGAGAGGGAAAAAGAAAGAAAAGAGAGAUAGACAAGGAAAAAAAAACAAAUCUAUCUCUCACGACAAACCCAAAACAACAAAACAAACAGAGAGAGAGAGAGAGAGAGAGAGAGAGAGAGAGAGAGAGAGAGAGAGAGAGAGAGAGAGAGAGAGAGAGACAUUCCAUCUUUGUCACUCGCUCACCUCAACAAACAGACGGAGAGAGAGAAAAACCCUACUCUCUCUCACUCCACCACCACCACCACUACCCUAGCCAGCAGCCACGCCUUCAGAACAUCAUGGCGGAGUUACUAAGUGUUCAAGUCCCCAGCAGGAGAGGUCUAGGGGGCUACGUUGAGUUUCACAAGAAUAUGGAAGGGGGUGCAGCUGGCGUGGGCACUCCUAUGUUGGGUUCCCCCGCAGCUAGACAUCCGCACCAUAAUUUGUCGCUUUCCCACGCAAGGAUUAGCAACGACCUGAGGAAGAAGGUGGUAAAUGGUGCCAGCGCAGGAAUCAUUAUGUCCCACCUUCCUAAACGACCGCCUGUCCACAUUGAGUUCAACGAUCUGUCUUAUUCCGUGUCCGAAGGAAGGCAUAGAGGUUUCAAGACAAUUCUGAAGAAGGUGAGCGGCAAAUUUCGCUCCGGGCGCCUCACAGCCAUCAUGGGGCCGUCAGGAGCGGGGAAGUCCACACUCAUGAACAUUACGGCGGGAUACAGGAUCAGCAACGUGGUGGGCAGCAUUCUGGUGAACGGGCGGGAAAGAAACUUACGUAAAUUUCGCAAAAUGUCCUGUUACAUCAUGCAGGACGACCACCUUCACCCGCACCUCACUGUAGCGGAGAGUAUGACUUGCUCCGCUAAUCUCAAGCUGGGAGACCGCAUGAAGAGGGCACAGAAGGAGGAAGUGAUCAACGAGAUCCUGGAGACCCUCAGCCUUACGGAAUGCCGGGACACGCGUGCCAUCAACUUGUCAGGCGGUCAAAGAAAACGGCUGUCCAUCGCCCUUGAACUUGUAAACAACCCGCCUGUUAUGUUCUUCGACGAACCCACCAGCGGCCUGGACAGCAGCAGCAGCUUUCAGUGCAUUAACUUGCUGAAGACUCUGGCACAGGGAGGCCGGACCAUCAUUUGCACCAUCCACCAGCCCUCCGCCAAGCUGUUUGAGAAAUUCGACUACCUCUACGCCCUUGCUGACGGCCAGUGCAUCUACAGGGGCGCCAUCACCGGUCUCAUCCCCUUCCUCUCUGCAAUGGGUCUUGAAUGUCCGUCGUACCAUAACCCAGCUGAUUUCUUGAUGGAGGUGGCCAGCGGGGACUACGGGGAGUUCACACAUAAGCUGACCUCGGCGGUGCACUGCGGCAAGUGUGACAACCUGGGGCCCGACAACACUGAGGCCGUGCGCGCCAAACACCACCUCAUUUGCCGGGAGGAUGAGGAAGGGAGAGAAGGAGGAGGCGGAGGAGGUGGAGGCGGAGGAGGAGGAGGAGGAGGGGAGACCAGGGUGAACAUGCCUCCUACGACUAAGCACUCCCUUCUCACUUCAGAGGACGAAAGCAUUGAUGACAUACCUAACUCCUUCCCUACGUCAGGAUGGAAACAGUUCGUUAUUCUCUUCAAACGAACCUUCCUCUCCAUUAUUAGGGAUGGGAUGCUGACAAAGAUGCGGAUUUGUUCCCACAUCCUAAUUGGUCUGUUAAUUGGCCUCCUGUACUACAAUAUAGGAAAUGAAGCAAGCAAGGUCUUCAACAACUCUGGCUGCCUGUUCUUCUGUAUGUUGUUCCUCAUGUUCACCGCCAUGAUGCCGACCAUUCUGACCUUCCCCCUUGAAAUGAAUGUGUUUAUCAGAGAGCACCUCAACUACUGGUACUCCCUGAAGUCUUACUACCUUGCCAAGACAAUGGCUGACAUGCCCUUCCAGGUGAUCUACCCGCUGUUGUAUGUGCUCCUGGUGUACUUCCUGACAGCGCAACCCCUGGAGGCACACAGGUUCUUCAUGUUCACCAUUAUGUGCAUUAUGACAUCCUUGGUAGCUCAGUCUCUUGGCCUGGCUAUUGGGGCAUGUCUCAAUAUACAGGGGGCGGUGUUCCUGGGGCCCAUCACCUCCAUCCCGGUGCUGCUCUUCUCUGGGUUCUUCGUCAACUUCUCCACCAUUCCCAUCUAUCUCCGCUGGGUCACCUACAUAUCCUACGUCAGGUACGGGUUUGAGGGGACACUGCUGAGCAUAUACGGGUUUGACCGCAAGCCGCUGCACUGCUCGGAGGCGUAUUGUCACUACAAGUCCCCGCGGAAGUUCCUGGAGGAGAUGGACAUCAUUGGGGCGGAAUUCUGGAUAGACUUCGUAGUGCUGUUCUCGUUCUUCAUUGCUCUAAGGACCAUUGGGUAUUUUGUGCUGCGAUGGAAACUCAAAGCCGAACGCUAGCUACUGGGGAAAGCUGGAGGGGUGGGGAGGAGUCUUCUACCACUAUUGCCACUUCUACUAAUCCUUCUACUUCAAUGGUUUAAGCUAAAUUCAUCACCUUUUUCUUGUUUUCCACUACUAUUACUACUACUACAUCAACUUAAGCUACAUCUUCCUCCUCUCCCGCCCCCUCCAGCCUUGAAAGUGAAGGAAAGGCUAAGGUCUGGGUGUUUUUGUUAUCGCCUUUGUUGUUUUUCAUGUGAACACUGCAGGAGAGAACAGCCACGAGUGAUGAUGGUGAUGAUGGUGAUGCAGUGUAGUGAGUGGUUCUCUCCGUGCCGUGCCAUCUCGCUCUGUACAGCGUAACAUACGGACACACAUACACCUACAUACAUGCAUACAUACGUACAUACAUCUCGCGCAUUCAUUUAACUCAUUCGUCGCCAGAGAUUACUUUACUGAAGGCACGGAACACUUUACAAAGCCCCUUGCGAAUGCUGAACCUGCUACUACUACUACUGCUGCUACUGCUUGGCUGCCUACUCGCCUGCCACCCCGCCUGCUAGCCUGCCUGACCACCAGAGCGCUCUACAGGCUGCCGGCAACACACAGGCUGGGCAAGAGAGGGCAGAAGCUGUAUAAGUCUUUUUUGGUCUUUCAAAGGAUGGGAUAAGACGAGAGGGCAGAGGGAGAGGAGAGAGAGAGGCAAGAUUUCUGAUGUACUAUGGAAACACACUCCUCACCCCCAUUCUUCAAGUUCAGGGUCUUGUCUGUCCCUUUCCCUCCCUGAGUGUCCUCUGCAUGCCUUCCCUUCCCCUGCCCUGGUGUCGGAUUCCUUCAAAAGGCAUCCAAUCCUCUGUCAAGCUGUCUUGAUCCUCUUACGUAGCGUUCAAUUCCCUUAAGUAGGGUUCAGUCCCCUCUAAGUGGUGUUUGACCCUCUAUAAGGUGUUUGGGCGCACUUAAGUGGUGUUUGAGUUGUUUAAAAGGUGUUCGGUCCCUUUAAAAAGUGGUGUUCGACCCCUUUUUUAAGAAGUGAUGCUUAAGUGACAGUGGUGUUUGAUUCUACUGCAUUGCCACUCGAUCCUCUGCAGUGGUGUUGAGUCCUGUCAAGGCACUCAGUUCCCUUCAAGUGGUGUUUGAUUCCUCGUGACAGCCUCACGUUGGUUGGUCCCGAGAGUGAUGCCAAAGUGGAGGGACAGUUAUCAUCUUCAUAGUGUAUACAUCUACUCUACUACCUAUAGUCUGUAUAUACGUGUAUGUAUGUUUUGUGAUGCAGUACAGAGUGAUAGGGAAACUUUAUUAUCUUCCACAGACUAAUGUACGUACGCGAGUGAUCUUAGUCUUAAUCCUUACAAGUGAGAGAAAAGACAAACAGGUUUUCUAAGAGCAAGACAAAGGGGAGAAAGAGAUACUUCGUGAGUCAGACAAAAGACAAACUUCCUCUUGAACCUGUUAACUCAGAAACUAGUGACAGUGAAUGGCGAACUUACAGGAACUGCAUUUGAUUGCCGAGUGUUCGCGUGUGAGUCAUAUGAAGAAUUGAAAGUUUACAAAGGAAAGAAAAGUGGAAAAAAAAAAAUGUUUGCAGCACUGUACAACUUGUUAAAAAACGUGAAUUCAUAUGCUAGAUGUUAGUCAUGUCCGUUUUUUAAGGAAAGUGUUUUAGUUGAAGGAUGGAAGGAUGGUUACCUGAUGAUUUUCAGAGUUGGAAGGUGUGUGUGUGUGUGUUUGUGUGUGUGAUGCGGUGCAAGGAAGAGUGAGGAACAGAAGGAAGGAGAAAAGCAAGAAAGGAAAUGUUAGGGAAAACGAAAAUUUUCUCAAACAAGAAAGAAAAGAAGAAAGAAAGAAAUGUAAAGUUAUGGACGUGGAUACUUGUCAAAUGCAAGAAAAAAAAAAAAAAGGAAAAAUCCUAGAAACUAUUUUUUCUUAAAUGGCGGAAAAGAAGCAAAUAGAGAAAAUUUGUUUCGCAAGGAAACAAAAUGACAUUUUUAGUGAGAUGGGUGACAGAAACUAAUACAAAAUAAUGUUGUAUUGGAAUAUUUACUGUAAAUAUGUGAAAAAAAAUUGACAGAAAAGAAAAAAAAAAUAUUAUAAAGAGAAGGAAAAGGAAGCAUUUGUGUCCCGUUAGGAAAUAUAUAAAUGGAAGACAAUCCUGGAAUAAAUGAAGGAAACAAAAACAAAAUGGUGACUGGAAACUGUAGACAAUGAACAAUAAAAAAAAAAGACAAGUCUGAACUCACUCCAGAAACCUAAAAUAUGUCACAUUAUACUCUACUGGCUGAUGAGAGAGAGAGAGAGAGAGAGAGAGAGAGAGAGAGAGAGAGAGAGAACGGGUAUUAUUAUAAUCCUCAAACUAAAUAAUUGUAACGAAUGAACAGUCUUCGUUUAUUUACAAAAUUUUAACUCUUUGCAUGUCUGCCGCUGCACUUCAAGGCUUUUCUAAAGGAACAAAGUUAAUGUAUGCAUGACUCAGCACAAACCAUUCACUAACACAACAAAAGGAAGAGUUACACAUUAUAAUCCAAAUACGUAACUGAAAGGAAUAGAAUUUUACAUUUUCUAUGAUUUAAUUUCAGCGUUUUUUCUCUCUAGUAUCUCAGAGACUUAGUCAGUGAGGUUAAGUAAAUAAAUAAAUAUCUAUAAAUAAUAAUUAUCGUAAUAAUCACUUAAAUAUUUCUGCUGCGGCACAAUUGAGGCAUUUUUAAAUAUUCAAUAGUGAGAAAUUAAUAAUAGUGCAUUUUUUUAUUCAUUAAUUAUUUUUUUUUUUAUAUCAAAGCACAUUUCGUCAGUUUUGUGGAGCCAUUGUACAAUUAAACAUUUCACUCCUUCAUUUCAUACAAAACUUAAAAGUUUAGUAGUGUUGCCAUAACAGAUCCGCCUCCUGUACAUGUUAAAUAGCAGCAGGAUUGGACACCUGAGCUGGCAACACUGGCGCGCGUCCAAAGUAAACAAAGGGAAUUAGUCAGUCAGUCUCUUUUACGGGAUCUUUGUUAUUAUUAUUAUUAUUAUUAUUAUUAUUAUUAUUAUUAUUAUUAUUUGAUUUGAUUUAUUUAUCCGGUUAGUUCUUGUUCAAUUUUUUCUCGUACAUGAAUCUUUACAUUUGAAGACAAAAUAAUUAUGUGAAAAAAAAGCGUAAAUUAUAUGUAUAUGAAAAAAAAAAAUACCUAUUGAUAUGUUUUUUUCGAGAAAGUUCAAUUUUUUUUUUUUUUUAUUCAUUACCUUUUAGUGAACUUCAUUUAUUAUUAUUUCUUCAUAUAGUUCAGAAAUAGACAAUUAGAAACCACCUCAUUUUAAUAUCGAAUAGAUUUUUGACAUUAGAAUCGGUCCAUAUUUUAUUGCUCAGUGACUAGUAUUAUUAAUUUAAUGUUAGGUUUGAGUGUUCGGCGUGAAGGAGAGGAGGAGGAGGAGGAGGAGGAGAAGGAGGUAGAGAUAAUACGAUAACGGAAGAGAGGAGGAGAGAGAAACUGUAAAUAAUAAGAUAGAGAUAAUGAGAAUGCAUGAAUAGUAGAUAGACGAGAAAAGGAAGAAUGUAGUAAAUGAAUAACGGAGGAAUAAAGAGGAAAAGGAAGAACGUGAAAAUUACAUAAAGGACUAGAAGAAAAUAUAAGAAUGAUGUAUAGAACAGAAAAAAAAACAAUAAUCCAAAACGAGAAAUAAAAAAAAUAAAUAAAUCAGGCUGUGGAUUAAACGUAAAUAUGGCAAAAAUUGUAAAUAAGAAGUAACAUUAGACCAUAUUUGAUCUAUUUAGUUUACUUAUUAUUCGCAUCAGUAAGUCAAUUAAAGAAUAAAUUAUAAAUAAAUAAAUAAAUACAAGGUGGGGGGAUAAUAUGUGAUGUAUUUAGAUUUAUUUUAUUUAUUCUCAUCAGUAAGUCGGUAAAAAAGAAAACCUUUAGGGAUUCCAUAGUUACCUAAAUAUAGAAGGGGAAAAAGUGCAUUGAUAUAUAUUAGGUUAAAUUAGCAUAAACGUACAUACAUAAUUUCUGUGAUCGGAAUAAAAAGAUAAUAUAAUUAUAAAAAAAAAAAAUAUCAAAAGAAAAAUAGUGAUAAAUAUAUUUGGAGUGAAUACUUAAAAAAAACAUAUACAUAUGGAAAUGUGUAUUUAUUUGUGUCUGUAUUGAUUUGAGAAGUAUUUUAAGUUUAGUGACCAGAAAACUUGUAUUUGGAGUAUUCAAGAGUGUAGGACGAGAAUCUGAUUGUAUUCAUAUAUUGUACAAAGAUUAGGAUUGGAAUCAAAGAGUUUAGACCAGGGAAUGUAGGAAUGUAUAGAUAUUUGAACAUUCUGAUGUGGAUAAACUCUUUACAAAUUAUUUUACUGCGUGGCAUCAGGCGUAUGGCAGUAACUCAAGCAGGAGGGAUCACGUGGAAACAGGGACUUGGUAACACUGCUAGACUGAUCUCUCACUCACUUACUCACUCACUGGUUGGUCUAUAUAUUCCUAUUUUAAGACGUCCAAAAUUGACUUUAUCCUCACCAAACCUAUUAUCUAUCAUCACUCAACAAUAAUAUACUGCAUUAUUUUAGUCUGGACAAUCUGGUUCCUAUAAUCAAGCGAGAGUUUGGGUGUAAGUACAGUAUUAGUUUGCUUGGCGUUUCAAAAAAGGGCGGGAAUGCGUAAGCCAAUCAGAGAGCGAGUCAAGCAUCAGUCUAGCAGUGUUGCCGUGUCCGCAAAACAUAGGAAUACUCGAACCAGUCAGUAAGAGGGAGCGAGUCAGUUUGGCCGAGUAGUGUUGUUGUGUCUCGUGCCUCGUGUCCUCUCCUGCCUUAAUCUCCGCUACACACCAAGUGACGCCGGUUGGUUAAAAAAUUUGUUUAUUUAUUUGAUUUAUUGUUGUUAUUAUUUUUAUUUUCAUCUGCCUGAUUCUCUCCAAGGUGACAUAGUAUAGAUGAUGAUGAUGAUGAUGAUGGUGAAUACUUAUUAUGAUCAAACACACACACACACACACACACACACACACACACACACACACACACACACACACACACACACACACACACACACACAACAUUCCAAUCUUCAGCAAACGGAAAAAAAAAAAAUGUUUAAUAAUGUAUUUUUAAAGAGAACAUUGCGGAAAAACAGAAUUAAACUUGAAAAAUUAUAUUAAAAAAUGGGAAAAAGUAGGAAUAUGUAUAAAUUUUCUGUUAGUUUAUUAUUAUUAUUAUUAUUAUUAUUAUUAUUAUUAUUAUUAUUAUUAGUUUGUACAGUUGCAUAAUCAAGUGUGUGUGUGUGUGUGCGUGUGUGCGUAUGCUAGUGUCUGUCUGUCUGUCUGUCUGUCUGUAUGUAUGUAUGACAACUAUGCAACGUGCCUCGUGUAUGUAAUAGCAACACGCACACACACACACACACACACACACACACACACACACACACGUUGAUGGGUCCACGCUAGUAAUGGUGACUAGUUAAUAGCAUAAUAGUUUGUUAAUGAAUUACCAGGUGCCAUUACUAUUCCAUUAACUCAUUACCUCCCUAUACCCUUCACGCCCACCACCGCCGCCAUAUUGCUCUCUCUCUCUCUCUCUCUCUCUCUCUCUCUCUCUCUCUCUCUCUCUCUCUCUCUGAUCAGAUUUUUACUGUGUUUUUAAUUUACUUAUUAAAAAAAAUCAAAGUUAAAAGAUGAAGGAACACAAAAAGUAGAGAAUGAAAGGAAAAAUAAUAAUAAUAACGUUAAAUCAAGAAAAGAGAGAAAAAAUAAUGACAUUUGUCGUUCCUUUAAGAAAAAAAAAGAUCACUAAUUAUUUGUUAAAAAAAAACAUUCCCUUCUCUCACAUCUGAAAAAAAACAAAGAAUACUAAAAUAAUAUAUAGCAAGAGAGAGAGAGAGAGAGAGAGAGAGAGAGAGAGAGAGAGAGAGAUUAGAUAGAUAAGCAGACGCCGCUUCCGUCAUUCCUUUAAGAAUUUCUGAAUGCAUGUGAAGUUUUUCGUUUUUUUUUAAUUUUUUUUAAUCUGUCUAUUUUAAGUAUAUAUAUUAUUAAAAAAAAUUAUACUCAGGCUUUUAUUAUUAUUAUUAUUAUUAUUAUUAUUAUUAUUAUUAUUAUUAUUAUUAUUGUGUCCUAUUACCUACUUUGUGUAUUUGUUGUAAUCACUGUUUGUAUUUUGUAUUUGUUUUCACUAUUAUCGUCUUUCAUUUCUCAUAUUUUAACUCUUUGUUGUAAUAAGAUUGUAAAGACCUACCCUA